UAAAUAUCAAUAAUGUAGAUAGCCGCGUUAUCAACUCAACCGAUAAAUUAAUUACGAUAACAAAAGAUUUGACACUUAGUCCUAAAAAAAAUUAAAUACUCCAAUAAUCAUGUAAUACAGACACGUGGUAUCGAUCCGCGUUCCAGAGACUAACAAAAAAGUGUCACUGCUUAGACCAAAUAUUCCAACAAAUAUCAAAGAUGUCAACUAAGUAUUUACAUAAAUAGUACCUUUAUUUACAUAGUUUAUUAUUAUUAUUUUCUAAAUACCAAGGUUAAUUUUGUUUAAUUAAUUUGUUAUCAAAAUUUAAUUGAUGAGUCAGUUUCAGUAAGUGACGUUUUAAAUCUAGUUUAUUGUUAAUUGUCGGAUAGAUAAUAGAAUUUAUGAAAGAUAAGAUUAAGUAUUAACUAGUAUUUACUGAACCUAUGCAAUUAUUAUUUAUAUUUGGAGUGAUUGUUUAAAUUUUCGAAGUUUGUAUUAAAAAUAAUCGAAUGAAAAAAAAAUUUGAAUUUUUUUUAAACCGUUGCCGGAUGUAGUUAAUUUUUUUAAAGAUUAAAUUCUUAAAUGAAAAAUGGUUGUACGAAUACUCAGACGUGUAAUUUGUUCCAAUUUUUCAAAUUAUGGGUCUAAAUUAAUUGGUGUGCUGGCACCAUUACUUGUGCCUCCAUUACAUAUUUUAUUUCUUUAUUAUUUUUGGCGUGAAUUUUCACGGGAUGUUGAUAGACAGUACUGUUCAUGUAGCUGUUGGGAUACUGUGUUCAAAGGUUCAUAUGAAUCUGGAAUAGCUUCUUACAAGCACAUGUAUUUCAAUGCUACUUCAAAUACAAUUAAAAUAUGGGCAAUUAUUGUAAUAGGCAUUGUGGCAUUUUACGAGACAACUAAAUAUUUGGCACGGUUGGCAUUUCACUGUCGACUGAGAUAUGGAAUGCUCAUAUUAUUCAUAACAUCAACAUUUUCUCACUAUUAUUCGUGGUGGGUCUACAUAAACUAUUUGAAUGAUGACUUUUACUCACAAUGGUACCAUCAGAUGUUUUUUACCAUCACUGAGUUGAUAUCAACCAUUUUUGUGAUAAUAUUAGCUGAUAAUAAAUACAAGGUGACACACAGGAAAGCGUUUGUUAUUUCUGGUAUCGCGCUGUUGCAUAUUUUUGCUGGCAGUUGGGAUCAAUUUGUUGCUAAUGUUUUACGCGGUGAAGGAUAUGCUCAUCAGGUAAUACGUGAUUUAGGUUUUAUGAUACCAGACAUACUACACGUUAUGAUACCGUUUUGUCUAGUUAAUUGGCGCGAUUCAAAUGUACUUCCAGACACAGAUUCUAAAAGUUUUUUAUCAAAAAAAAAUAACAAGCCCUUAUCAUUAAAUAUCAAAAGAGAUUUAACUUGUAUGCUAGGAUUAGUUAUUGUCGGCCUGUGUAUGUGUUCGAUUUUAUAGUUACUUAUUUAAUAAAAUACCAAAUAAUUGUAAAUUUAUUUUUUAACGAAAAAUUUAAAGUAUAAAUACGAUUUUUAAAAUUUUAAAUCAAAUAAUUAUUGUAAAUAAUUUUUUUAAAAAUUGUUUAUUUAUUAAUGAGCCUAAUAUGCGACCCCAUUAAUUAAAUAUUAAAUAAUUUAUAAAUAAAGACUGGGAGUGAUUAAUUAAUUAUUAAAAUUGUUGUGUAUAGUAUUUUGAUAUGAAUAUUGUAUUUGUUUAAUAUAUAAAUCAAAAUAAAUUAUUUAUUAUUAAUUAUUAAUGAGCGCUUAGGUAAAUGUACUUCAUAUCAAAGGACAAAUUAAAGACUUAUAUUUAAAAAAAGUUUAACAUAUCCCAAAGUAGUAAAAUACCUCGUAGAAUUAAACUAGAAUUUUAAAAUUAUAAAUAAUUAUCAUUAAUUGUAAUUGAUAUUAUUUAUUUAUAUUAAAAAAUUUAUUGUUAACAAUUGAUAAUGUUUUCAAAAAAUAAAACAUUUUGACUUAUUAAAAUAAAAAAAAAAAAAAU